UUCGAAGCCAUGGCAGAUGGCUAUGACUCUUCAUCCUUGGUUCACCUCAAUGUUGGAGGAAGAAAGUUUUCCACCACUGUUGGUACUCUAACUCAGCGCGAGCCUGAUUCGAUGCUAGCUGCAAUGUUUAGUGGCCGUCACACUUUACGCCAAGAUAAGAAGGGAUAUGUUUUUAUCGAUAGGGAUGGUAAGCUUUUUCGGCACAUCCUUAAUUGGUUAAGAGACGGUGAUAUUCCUAAACUGGAAGAUACCCAAUAUGCAGAACUUCUUAAGGAGGCAAAAUACUAUCAACUAGUUGGGUUGACAGAUGAAUUACAAGGUGAACUUCUGCAUAGGAGCAAAGGUGAAAGUCUAAACUCAGAUGUAACACGCGCUGAUAUCAUGAAGUACUAUAUACGCGGGCAGCACAUCAAUCUUCGAGGUGUUAAUCUUUCUGGCAUUGAUCUCUCUGGAUUGAAUUUAUCGAAAGUCGACUUCAGCUAUUUGUGCAUGAGAUAUGUUCGUUUCUCAAAUGCAGAUAUUCGGGAUGCUAAGUUUAAUUAUGUAGAUGCUGAGGGUGCUACUUUUGACAAUGCCGAUUUGUGGGAUUCUACUUUUUAUGGAGCAAAUCUACGAGGAGCUUCUUUUGUGGGGAGUAAAGGGUACAGACUCUUUGGGGCAUCUUGCGUGGAAGAUUGUAGCUGCUGA